CUCAUCUCAUACCUUGUAUAACCUUCUGCUUCCACAAACCCGCCGUGAUAGUGACCAGCAAUAAAGGCACCCUAGAGCUCCUCAUCGACUCCUCUCCCAUACACCUGCAUUCAAUCCCCCUUUGGACGUCAAACGGGCCGCGUCGGGCCUCGUCCUCCCGCCAUCAUGUUCGACCUCUUUGCGAUGCUCUUAUCCUCUAUUGCAUCUUUCCUCUUCCCCAUCUUUGCUUCCUACAAAGCCCUUAAGACAUCGGAUCCUGCACAGCUGACGCCAUGGCUCAUGUACUGGGUCGUGUUUAGCUGCUGUCUGCUGGUAGAGUCGUGGGUGUACUUUAUCCUUGCGUGGGUGCCGUUCUAUGGCUACAUCCGCCUUCUUUUCUUCCUAUACCUGAUUCUACCACAAACUCAGGGCGCUCGGUUCCUGUACGAGCAGCACGUACACCCGUUCCUCCGCGAAAACGAAGCGCAGAUCGACGAGUUCAUCGCGAGCGCUCAUGAGCGUCUCAAGGCGGCCGGCAUCGACUACUUCCGAAAGGCAAUCGACUACUUGAGAGUCAAUGUCCUAGGCCUGCCGCCCAGCGAGCCCGAGCCUCCCACUCCGCCUCAGAGCACCUACCAGAGCUACACACAGUCGCUCCUCGCUCGAUUCAGCAUUCCGGCAGCAUCUGGGCCUGCCGCCCCCUCGAAUGUGGGCUCAGAUCUCUUUGGUCUGCUGGCCAGCGCCGUAGCUGCGGCGACUGGCGGCUCGGGGGCGCGAAGCGAUGCUGGUAGCUAUUCGGCAUCAUCAGUUGUUCCAUCUCACAUACAAGACUCGAACGAGAGGAUGACCUUCAUUGCCUCUCAGCGGGACCGGCUCAGCGUCCUUCUCACUGCUCUCGACCGGGAAGCGGCGCAGCUUCAGCGAAACGGCGGACAUCCGCAGUCCCGAUCUCGCUCCAGGCACAUGGAGAGCGACGAAGAGGUCACACAGAGGCCGCCUAGCGGACUAAGCGGAUGGAGUGGACUGAGCAAGAGCCGCAGCGAGACCGACUUUGAGAAGAUCGAUGCCGAGAGCGGAGCCGAAGAUGAAUCCAACCUCCGGCGCCGUCAUGCCGGAGGCGGCGACGGUGGUUCGUGGAUGCCUUCAUGGAGCCGCAAUGCACAGCCGGGUACGGGCCACAGCUCUGGGUUAGAGGACUAGGAAGAACAAGAAUAUCGAGGGGAAUGGCUGGCCCGCGAAUAUAGACUGAACGCGUAGACAACCUGUUACCAUCAUGUCGCGCGGAUGUUAUGCAUGGAUUUGUACGGAGACAUGGCACUCCUUGGGAUAUUGUGUCAUGAUAUGUCGAGGGGAGUAAAAGACGGCCCCCGCAGAUGCCUUUUUUGUGUACAUCCAACCCAUAAGUCUAACCAAAACCCUGCCGCACGGCAUCAACAAAAAAACUGUUUCUCUC